AUGAUGCCAGCACUACUGGGCGGUGGCCCUGUCUUGGGCAUGGUUCCCACAACCUAUCACACAGAUACCUUCCUCGACGACUUGUCAAGACAGAUGGCUCUCUCACAGGCGUCAAGAAGGCCCUCGAAGGGGUCUAAUGGACAACGGACCGGAACCGCUAUGCGUGUAAUCAAGCCGAGCAGUGCCAACAACAGCCCGAGGUCGUCAUCUGCAAUGCAGUCACGUAGAAGGACUUUGAUGAACGAUGGGAACCUGGCGAGGCGGAGGCAACAGGCCAUGGAUCACGUCCAGAUGCCCGACUACAAUGCUCAAUCUCGACCAAGUCGUCCCCUGAGCUGGCACCCGUCCACUUUUGAACAACAUCAUCACAAGUUGCCUGUCCAGCAGCACUUGGCACAAUAUCCGUUCCCUCCUACCACAUCAUACCACGACUCUGACAGCUACCCCGCCUACCAACAAUUCCCGCCCACGCCUGCCGCCUACUCCUGCAACACAUCACCAACUGCCUCUUUCUCUCCUCUUGCCCUUCCCUUCGGCGCCUACGAUGGGUCUGGCUACCUUCCCGUUGAGGGCUGGGUCAUCCCUCAACAGGUUGAACCUGCUUAUGUCUCCUCGUCAAAGACUACUGGGUACUCUGAGCCAUUCCCUGCCUUGCCCACUACUCUGCCGGAUCUCACCCCAUCGUCGACGUCCACCUCAUGGAACUCAUACCCCAUGAAUGACUUUACCAGCACCUCACCGCCCACACCAGAGACUUUGCCACAAGCUCAGCAGGCCCAGCCCAUCGUCUCCAACGAGGACGCUAUCCCCUAUCAGCCUCUGGAUGAGCCUGAGGAAGAGGGCGAGAUCCUCAUCGGCAUGGGUCUAUACGAUGCUCCAGACAAGUACGAUAACGACCCUCAACUGGACGCCUCGCGCUCUGCCAUGUCCUCGCUGCUCGGUGCCUCUUUCCGUCCAAUGGAAGGCACAGGCAAGGGCUUGAAGCUGGAGGAGUCUUGGCAGCCCCCUGAGGAGAGCGACGACGAAGACGCUGACCAGGAGGAUGCCGAUGGCGAGGAUCAAGAUUAA